CUGCAGAGAGAUAUAAGCAGAGUCACCUGGUCACAGCCCGUGCCAGUGUGACGGUGAUGCAUCCAGAACUGGGCUGUUUGAUAAGCUGUGUUCAGCUGCAGGAGUUUUCUAUAAUACUGCUAUACGCUGAAGAAGGCCAAAGUCCAGUUGGCAGUCAGGAGGCACGCGCUGACUCUCCUACUCUCCAGCACUGUUUCUUCCAGCUGAGUGCUUUGGGAAUGGACCCUGUAAUCCUCCAGGGGGGCUAUUCUGCUUUUCACUCUCUCUAUCCCUUUCUGUGCACCCCUCGCAUGGUCCUACUGGAGUCAGAGCGUCGCUCCCUCACCAUCUAUCCCUCUGAAAUCCUGGAGGGGGCGCUAUACCAGGGCUCUGCCUCGCAGGCACAUGACUACCGUAUCAUCAAAAACCUCCACAUCACACAUGUGGUCAAUGCCACAGCUGAAAUCUCGGAUGCCUUCCCGAGUGUUUUACGUUAUCUUUGGCUACGGCUUAGUGAUGACGCACAGCAGGAUCUUCGGCAGGCCUUUCCAGAAGCUUCUCGGUUCAUCGCUGAGGCUUUGCAGGGGGCACCGGGGGCACCAGGCGGCCGGGUGUUGGUGCACUGCAGCCUUGGACGGAGUCGUAGCUCGGUGCUGACGUUGGGAUUCCUGAUGGAGCAUCGCCGUUGGUCUUUGCUACAUGCUUUUCGUUGGCUGAAGGAAAGACGAGCUUGCGCUGCCCCGAAUGCUGGGUUUCUUCGUCAGCUCUCUGACUACGAGGAACUGCUGUUUGGUCAACGGCUCACCUCACUGGAUGACAUCCGUCUCUGA